CUCCAGGUGGCGCGCGACGCAUCUAUCAGCGGAAGUUGUUGUUCGGCCAUGUUUGAUAUUUUGUCUUUCUUUCUCGGGCUGUGCUAAACGUCAACAGCACACACGUUCCGAACGCGGAGAAUAUUUUUUUCGAUUUUCGUUUAAAAAUCGUACUGCAAGAUGCCGCAGGAAAUUAAAGAAGUGAAAGACUUCCUCAUCAAGGCUCGCCGGAAGGAUGCCCGUGCAGUCAAGAUAAAGAAGAACGAAAACAACACCAAGUUCAAGAUCCGCUGCUCCCGGUAUCUCUACACGCUGGUUGUCCAGGACAAGGAGAAGGCCGAAAAACUGAAGCAGUCUCUACCUCCCGGUCUGCAGGUCAAGGAAGUCAAGUGAGCAUUUCUGGAGGAGAGUGGUUCGUUACGGAUGGAUGGUGUUGAACUCGCUGACAUAUUUAAUUCCAAAUAAAAGUCAAUGAGGAAAACGUAA